AUGGUGGAGUUGGUCUCAGAUGAUAUUUCAUACAAACUCCAAGACGGCAAUCAUAAAUGGCUAGAAGAUCUUUUAAGGGCUUAUCCCUUGCCAACAGCAAAACCUCAACAGUGUCGGGAUGAAUUUCUUAAAGAAUUGCUGGAACCUUUUCAGCCCUCCGAACCGUCUGUAAGUACUGACGAGAGCUCUAGUGAAAAACAAGUGCAGUUUGGUUACAGUGCUCAAGAUCUGAAUUCUUCGUUUAAUAUUGAAAGGGACUUGUUUCAUUAUAUGAAGAAGUUUAGUUACUUACAUCUAAGUUCAACCGUUCCAUCAGGGAGAGAGACUCGUAUUGUAGCCCCGGAUAUAUUCAAGCUCAUGAAAGGUCGACAAGAAAAAGUAUCCUCGGCUAUAGGAUAUUUGUCUGUGAUCUAUAACUUUGCGGUACUCAGGGAUCAAUUGCGUACAGUUCAUGAAAUGUGGCGGGUUAGCGUAACCGUUGAUAAAUCUUAUAACAUGUUCAGUUGGUCAAUUCAGGAUUAUAUUACACGCUUCAAUCUGCCCAAUGGAACAUAUUUAGAUAUUACAGAAAUGGAACUUAAAAAUCAAACCGAUUGCUUCAAGUUUCGCGUGGAUGUCAGCGAAAUAAUCCGUCUAAUAUCAGCACUGAGUGAUGAUGUCAGAAACAAACAUGAUAUUUGCGAGAGCUCUAUGUUAUUAAUCAGAGAUGCUCAGACAGAUAUUGAGGAACUGGUGACAACCUCUCAGAAGACGACUAGGGAAGGGUAUUUAGAUGCUGCUACGGCAGCUCAUGGUAUAUCACGUUCUGCAGACCGUUCUAGGCAGCAUUCAGUUCUGUUAAAAAUCAAUUACGAUGAUUUCGUUUAUCCUAUUGAGGCACGCUAUCGCAUUAAAUGGGCUCAAACGCAGGUAGAUCAGGCUAUCAUGCACAAUGAUUGUUACAUUAAGGAAAUGAGCAAGGAGCUGGUUGAAUUGACAAAGGGGUACCAAGAAAGUCAAUUAUUUUGGGAGUGCAGCCAAAUAGCAUUUGACAUGGAAAUUAAUGCCUUAAGACAUCGCAUCUCUGUAUUGGACUCGCAAUACGAUGAAAACAUGGAGAUUGCUGCAAACACUCGAGAAUCUUUUCAAAAUAAGUUGCUUAAGGCCAAGGAAGAACUUGCAACCAAUAGAGCACGAAUACCAAUGUUUCAUGCUAGAAUUGCAGAGGUGCAAAAUAUUAUGGCACAACGAGAAGCAAAUGAAAUCAAUGAAAUGCAUCGAGCAAGACUCUCAAGUCGCCACUCAAAAAAGAAAUCGUUGACCAAUAGAAAAUCUGUGGAGACAAAGAGCAAAGCUAUGGGCAAAAGGAAUUACUAAAAGUAUAUGCAAAAAUAACUUUAAGUACUAUUUUUUGCUACUUUUAUACAUACGAAAAUAUUUAGA